AUGGACGUUUCUCGGUUUUUGAAGGAAUUCAAGAGGGCCCGCAAGGAGACUAAUAACUCUGGUGUUAUUUCCCACGAUAAGAAUAGUGAGGAGUCACUUGCUUCAACUUCUCUCCCGGGCGAAUUGGCGCGGCAUCAACAAAAUACUUUCCAGGAGGAUGACUCAGAUGUUAGUGAACAAGGCAAUGAUGAUGAUAAUAAUGAUGAGAAUGUAACUCCUUUCUCACACUCGGGGGGAAAGCGCCAGAGAUAUGAUAACAUGUUUAGUCGCAAAGAUAAAACGGCUCCACGCGAAGGUUACGCAGAAAUACGAAUGUACCAAACAAAUAGCUCAGUUGCACCAGUAUCUGUCGGAUCUUCUGCGUUGCGUAGAAGGGCCCCAAUUCCUCUUUUACCUCGUGCGACAGCAAAGAAAAACUGUAGUUCAGUUACGGAUGCGUUACGUAGUGAGCUUUUAAGAAAAAAAAAUUCCCUUAGUCAAUCUGCUCUUGUUGAGGAAGUAUCUGUAGAGUCUGGUGUUCCAGGUAUUCUUCAAAAGUGUACAACGAGUGUUAGUGAUGAUGAUAAUCCUUCUGCUGCUGCUGUGGAAGCACUACUCAUAAGUGUGGAUGAUCUUCUUUCCUCCAGUAACGCUACUGUGGAGCAGCAAUUCCCCAUAGAUGUGAUAAGUAAUGUUGGCGUCGCAGCGAUAAAGGAGGAAACUCAGACAGAAAGUAUGAAAUCUCAAAUUAUACCUGAGAUAAUUCAACCAGUUGAGACAAGUCAUGAGAUUCCUAAAAAGGGUAAAAUAAGUAUGUUUGCUCGGGCAAAACUUCUCUCGACUGAGUCGGGUGCUGAAAAAAUAUCAAAGACAGAGGUUCUUGAAACGAGAAAGUUUUCAAAGUAG